GUUCUCCUCGAUCUACUACUACAAAUCAUCCCCAACCCCAAGAGAUCAAACCCUCAGCCAAGAUCGCUGCCAUGGAGACGUUGGAGCCGAUCCAGAAAACCCUGGGCGAGAUCGACAAACGGAUCCCCGACGCCCUCCGCGCCGCGUUCGGCCUCGAGAAGCGAGCCUCGCGCUCCUCCGAGGACGCCAUCGCCAGCUUCUUCGCGCUGUAUCUAGAGCCGCCGCAUCAUCGGGAGCGCCGCGAGCUCGACGGCGAGGAGCCGCGGGCUCUGAGGAUGAACUGGGCCUCAUGCUACGCGCCGCGCCACAACGAGGACGCGCACUUCGGGCACGACGAGGCCGGCGUCGUCGGCGUGGCGGACGGCGUCGGCGGGUACCGCAAGAAAGGCGUGGACGCCGGCGCGUUCUCGCGCGGGCUCAUGACGAGCGCCUUCCUGCAGGUGCUGGCGACCGAGCCCGGCACGCCCGUCUGCCCGUACACGCUGCUGGAGCGGGCGUACGAGGAGACGGUGGCCUCGGCCGCGGACGGGGGGUCCACGGCGGUCAUCCUCUCGCUCGCCGGCACGGCUCUCAAGUGGGCGUUCAUCGGCGACAGCGCGUUCGCCGUGUUCCGAGACGGCAGGCUCGUGCACCGUUCGCAGCGGCAGCAGAGGCGUUUCAACUGCCCGUUCCAGCUCAAUGCAACCGGAAAAGGGGAGCGCGUGAACAAAGCCGACGUCGGGCAGAUGGCGGUGAGACACGGGGACGUCGUGGUGCUCGGGACCGACGGGCUGUUCGACAACAUGUUCGACGCGGAGCUGGAGGUGGUCGUGCGGAUGGGCAUGGCGCUGGGCUUCUCGCCCAAGAACAUGGCGGACGUGGUCGCGGGCAUCGCUUACGAGAUGUCGACGAGCAAAACCAGAGACUCGCCGUACAGCGCCGACAGCCGGAGGCUACAAGGAGACCACCGCCGCGGUGGGAAGCCAGACGAUAUUACUGUCGUCGUCGCCUUCAUUGUCUCUCUGUACUCUUGAUCCGCAUUUGUUUUUCUGCUUCUUCUUCGGUGCGUUGUGAGUCUUGGGCUUUGGGCACAAGAACUGUCAUCCAUGGACAAGUAAAGGAGUUUCCAACUAGAAA